UCGCGAGACUGGGAGCGGCACUCGCGCCUAGUUUGAAGCUGGGCGCGCGGGCGCGGCGGCCGUUGCUGGCGCGCGCGGCGUCGGCGGGCGGAGGACGGUGUGUGGCGGCGGCCCCGCGGCUGGAGCGGGAGGCGAGGAGCGGCUGGGCUCAGCUCGGCUGUGGGGUGGUCGGCUUGCGGCUCUGCCGCCGUUAGGAGCGGCCUUGCCGCUGUGGGGAGCAGUAGCUCUCCGCUUUCCCACGGCGGCUCUCUGCGACGCGAGUCUGGAGCGAAGCGGGAGGGGUGACCGUCCCCUUUCCCUAUAGCCAUGGGGGUGAAAAAGAGAGUUCUGCAAAUCAAAGAAGCCUUUCAACUGGCCCAGAAAUCUCACCAGAACCAGGCGAAACUUGUCGUGGAUUUGAAGAGCACCUAUAACCAGUUGGAAGAUACGGAAGAUUUUAAUGAAAAAUUCAUUCAUUUCCUUAAGUAUGCUAUGAUAAUCUACAGACGGGAACCAGCAGUGGAACAAGUGAUCGAUUUUGUGGCUAAAUUUGUUACUUCAUUUUAUCAAAUGGAGAAAGAGGAUGGUAGUGAGGAAGAAGAAGAUGAUAAUUUGCUCCUGAAUUAUGUGCUUAACUUUCUGCUUAAGUCUCACGAUGCGAACAGCCAUGCAGUUAGGUUUCGAACAUGCCAGCUUGUUAAUAAGAUUUUGGGAAAUAUGCCAGAGAAUGCCCAGAUUGAUGAUGAUUUAUUUGAUAAAAUUAAUGAAGCUAUGCUGAUUAGACUUAAAGAUAAAUUUUCAAAUGUGAGAAUUCAAGCUGUCUUGGCCCUGUCGAGACUUCAAGAUCCUAAGGAUGAAAACUGUCCUGUUAUUAAUAUCUACAACAUAUUACUUGAAAAUGAUUCAAAUUCAGAAGUGAGGCGUGCAGUGCUGUCGUGUAUUGCUCCAUCAGCAAGGACUUUGCCAAAAAUUGUAGGCCGCACUAUGGAUGUAAAGGAAGCUGUCAGAAAGCUGGCAUAUGAGGUUUUGGCAGAAAAAGUUCACAUGAGAGCUCUGUCAAUAGCACAGAGAGUAAAGUUAUUGCAACAAGGACUUAAUGACAGAUCUGAUGCUGUUAAGGAGGUAGUGAAGAAGAAGCUGCUUCAAGCCUGGUUACAAUUGACUGAAGGGGAUGUUUUAGAAUUGCUUCAUCGACUGGAUGUGGAAAACUGCCCAGAAGUGGCCAUCUCAGUACUAAAUGCUAUGUUUUCAUUAUCUCCACUUCAUGACUUUGUUCAGAAAUGUAAAAACCUUGACAGCAGAAAACUGAUUCCACUGGAAGACUUAACAGCUGAGAAUGUGUUGUACUGGAGAUGUCUUUGUGAAUAUCUAAAAUCAAAAGGUGAAGAAGGUGAAGAUUUACUAGAACAGAUGUUGCCAGAACCAGCUAUAUAUGCAGAUUAUUUAUUAAGUUACCUUCAAAAUAUGCCACUUCUUAGUGAGGAAGAAAGGGAAGACUUCACUUGUUUUGAAAACCUGAUGACAAAAGAAUUUAUAGGCCAGCAACUGAUUCUUAUCAUAGGCUGCAUGGAUACCAUGGAAGAGGGAGGAAGAAAACAUCUCUUAGUUACUUUACAAAAGACUCUCAUUUUACCUGCAACUUCAACAGCCCUUGUAUCCCUGCUUGCGGAAAGAUUACUCGGUAUCGUUAAGGAUGAUGACAGGAGGAUUCAAAUUAUUGCAGAAAUUAUAUCAGAAAUUCGUGAGCCAAUUAUUACAGUCGACCAGCCUAUUGAUGCUGCUGAAAUAAGAAAGCGGGAACUUAAGUUGGCUGAAAUAAAAGUGAAACUUUUUGAAGCAAAAGAAGCUUUGGAAGAAUGCAUUACUCUGCAGGAUUUUAAUAAAGCAUCAGUAUUAAAAGAGAAAAUAACUGAGUUGGAACACAAUAAAAGCGAUCUGAUAAAAGAAGCAGAGCAACCUGAAAUUAAAGAAAUGCGUGUGGAGAAGAACGAUCCUGAAACACUGUUGAAGUGUCUGAUGCUGUGUUAUGAGCUUCUGAAGAUCAUGUCCCUUUCUAAAGGAAUCGGUCCAACCAUUAGAGAAAUCAUCGAAUCUCUGAUACUUCCUGGCAUAACUAAUGUCCAUCCAGCUGUGAGAAAUAUGUCAGUUCUGUGUUUGGGUUGCUGUGCCCUUCAGAACAAAGAAUUUGCCCGACAACAGCUUGCAUUGCUGUUACAGGUUUUACAAAUAGAUAAUAUAAAGGUAAAGCUCAGUGCUUUAAAGGCAAUCUUUGAUCAACUAAUGCUGUUUGGGAUUGAGCCAUUUAAAGCUAGAAGAGGCAAUGACUCUCAAAGUGAAGAUGCACACAUUACAGCUGAAAAUUGUGAGGAAAAAAGUAAAACAAUAGAGGAGGAAGAAGAAGAAGAGACGGCCACGGUUCACAACCUCCUGCAGCUUCUUUCAGGUUUCUUAGACAGUGAGUUUUCAGAGCUUAGGACAGAAGCUGCAGAAGGGAUAGCCAAACUGAUGUUCUCUGGGAGGCUGAUUAGUGCCAAGCUUCUUUCUCGUCUUGUUUUGUUGUGGUAUAAUCCUGUGACUGAAGAGGAUACUCGGCUUAGACAUUGUCUGGGAGUUUUCUUCCCUUUAUUUGCUUACGCAAAUAGGUCUAACCAGGAAUGCUUUGAAGAAGCUUAUCUUCCAACUCUGCAAACACUGUUAAAUGCUCCUGCAACUUCACCUUUGGCUGAAAUAGAUGUCAAUAAUGUUUCUGAACUGUUAGUGGACCUGACCAGACCAAGUGGACUGAAACCUCAGUCUAAAAAGUCUCAGGACUACCAGGACUUAACAGUGCAUGAUAGUUUAGCAAUGAAAAUUUGCAAUGAAAUCUUGAUGGACCCAACUGCACCAGAUGUUCGUAUUUAUGCAAAAGCUUUAAACUCACUAGAACUCAGUAGUUCAUCCACAGAAAAUCUUCUGGUUCUCCUCAAUGAGAUUCUACAGAAAGUGAAAGAUAAACUGUGUCAAAGAGCUAUUGAGAAGAUCAAGAUGAACUUGACCAAAGACCCUGAUGUGUGCAAAGACCACUCUGAAAGGACACAGGAAACUGACAUCACGUUGUCUGAAAAUACUUUUCAAAAUGAAGAAGAAAAUAAUAAAGAUGCUUUUCAUACUCCAGUUAAUGAAGUUAAAAGUAAAGCAACUGCAAAAUCAAAAUCCACAAGAAACAAAGCUGGCAAAGGACCACAGAAAGCAGCAGCAGAACUGAGGUCUGUGAGCAGAAGAAAAACUGGCACAACUGUAAAAUACGGUAGUGAAAGUGGUGAUGAAAUUCCAGAAUCAGUCCCAAUGUCAAGUUCAAGGCCUUCAAGACGAGCAAAAACAGCGGCACUUACAAGACUGAAUCUUUCAGGACUUUUGAACAGGGAAGCAGAUCAAUGAAGACAAAAGGAGAGAAAGUGUCCUUUGCUAAUGCUGGUAGUUCACAUUAGACUUGAAAAAUAAGAUUUGGUUUUUUGUUAUUCACAUUUAACUUUUCUUAUAUUGCGAUAAUUUAUAAUUCUAGAAUUUUUUUUAAGGAACUUUUACUUUUUUUAAAUAGAUGCUUUUGAUGAUUUUACUGAUAUGAAGUCCAUCAUUCAUGUAAUACAUCAUUCAUGUAAUUAAAAUAUUACCUGAACAAAACUUGUUGGUGGUAGGUACUUAAUAGUUAAAGCUGUUUUGUUGCUUAACAUUAUUUGGACAGAAUGUUUGACCUGGAGUGGUUGCUUGUGAUGGCAGCAAUUUUGAAUGUGCCUAUCUUUAAUGCACCUCCUUUCUUCAUUUAUUAGCCUGUGCAUCUGCUGACCAGGUUUUAUUGCUCAUGUUAAUGUAAAAUAGAAUUCACAAUUAAAAUUAAUUCUGCUUCCUGCAGGUAUGUAUCCAUUUUAUUUUAAGUAAUGUCAAAAUGGUAAAACUGAGUCACUGAUUUUACAAACCUAAGUCUGCUACUGAUCUUGACACUAUUAUAUAAAAUCAGUAACCUGCUUUUAGAAAAGCAUAAAAAUAUUUGUGGUACCAAGUAAAAUCCAAUAAGGAAAGGAAUACUUAAGUACAGAAAGGGCAAAAGAUUAAAUACUUUAAGGUUUGUGUGUACUGUCUUUUUAAGGUGACAUAUAAUGUGAUUUCUUUGUAGCUUUGAAGUUCACAACACUUUUUUUUAGACAGAGCUAGGAAUAGUCAUGAGUUUUACAAAUAAAAGAUCAACUUUAAACUGCAUGCAGUAGUUGGUGACUGAGCAGAUUCACUUUGGAAAUGCUAGUUUUUUGGUUUGGAAACACUUCGUCAAUCAAUCUGUCAAUUGUGUCUGUCUCUUACAACACAGGUAAUUUCCAAGGCAGCCAGAGAAAACUCGUGUUGAUUGCUUGACAUGCGCAUCUCAGCUACUGGUGCCAAUGUAGCUUUCUAAGGAACUCGAAUUUAAAAUAGGUAAAUGUACUGUAAAUGAUCUUUGGUAAUUCUCAGAAAUGGCUUAGGGCCUUUUCUUUCGCUUAUGAAAAGUAGCCCUCCCAAAGUGUAAUGCCCAAACUAUUAUACUGUUUUCAAGCUUGCGUAUAGAAAACAGACAGGAUUGUGUUGCUUUUCCUCCCUUUCAGUUUUUGUUGGUAACUUGUCAACCCACAAAAUGCCGUGACACACUUUUCUGCUGAUAUUUGCUAUUCAGAAGCUUAUGUAACUGUGGUGAAUUAUUUUUAUUCAUCAUUUUAAGCAGAAUUUUGAAGCCGUGAGCUCCCUCUCUUGAUAAUUCUUUUCUUCGGAUCACCAACUUGUGUUCUAGUGUGUUUGCGUACACGCAACCAUUUGAGAUCAGAGACACUGUCUGUUCCCUUGAAUGCAGCCUGAACAUAGUUCUAAAGGGUGAAGUAUGUAUUUCAGUUUUUCCGAGUUGAUUGUCAAUCAGAGCGUCCCUUGUGCUUUAAAGUUGUUUGGUUUGUUGCUUUUAUUAUUUCAGUUACAGGUUCCCCUUCACCCUCACUUUCAUUAAUAGUUUGCUUUUUCUGCCACUAAUACACUUUCAACAACUGCUGCUAGUCCACUCUUAUUUUUGGUUAAAAUGAGUUCUAGGAAAAGCAAGAGCAAUAAAAUUUUAUAAAGAUUUCUCUGGGAAUGCCUUCCUGAAAAAAUUGAAGACCUUCAGUUUUGUCUUCUUGCUGGUCUGUCGUGCCUUGCCACACGUGCACAUUCUGUCUCUGGCAUCUCUUCAGGAAUGCUGUACUGAAAAGAUCAGGUUUCUGAAGUCACCUCUCUAUCAGUGGAUGUCUCUGCUGUGGAUGUGGCUUCACUGGUGUGUAUUAAUCAAAGCCAGACACAGACAAACUGGAGUGAGUUCCGUGGAGGCCCCCAGGCUGGCCAGGGGGCUGGAGUGCUUGCACUAUGGGAAGAGGCUGAGGGCGCUGGGAGCCUGCAGGUUUUGGGAGGAGCCCCACUUACCUACAAGGAGUUUGUUGAGGAGAUGGAACCAGGCUCUUUGUUGUUGUGCAUGAUGGGAGGAUGGAAAACGAUGGGUGUAAGUUGAAACUCAGACCAGAAUAUAAGGAGAAAGGGGCAGCGGAAGAGGUUGAGAACAGUUGGAACAGGCUGCCCGGACAGGCUGUGCAGGCUCUGUCCUAGGAGGUUUUUAAGACCUGACAAGGUAAAGUCCUGAACAACCUGCUCUGACCUCACAGCUGGCCUGCCUUUGAGCACGAUGUGGACCUGUGGGCCUCCUGAGGUCCUUCUGUGCCUGAAUUACCCUGUGAUCCUCUUUCAGGCUAGAAACAUCCGAAGGUGAUAAGGAGCCAAGUCUGGAAGUAUCUUACUAUCUGCAGUGAAAAAUCUUGACUUAGUAGGCAUUAUUCUUUCUAGCUAAUAUAAUGUUGCUGACUUUUAUUGACUUCAGUUCUAUCGGUUGAAAGUACCUAACUUCCUGGCUCCUUAAUUAAGGAAUAAAACUUUAAUCCCUAAAAUAUUCUAACUGACUUAAAAACAGUCUCUUUGUUGCUCUAAACCAAUUACCGUGCAUCCUCUCUUUUUGCUGUCUAAACACAACAGGAUGUCCAGAGUGCAUGAGCCAAACAAGACCUAGACUAGAUGACUUGAUUCCGUAUUAAAUAAUGACAAAAUAGCAGUGGUCAUUUGUUGUCGAACUUAAAAUCAUCUGGUGCAUGUUCCUACAC